AUGGAGAUUGAUUUAACAAAUGGCAACCAACUCGUGUAUGUUAUUCCUAAUACUAUGCUGACUAUUGCUGAUUUCUACAGGAAUAUACAAGUCUCCAUCCUAACAAGAGGAUAUGAAAUUGGAAGAUUAUCCAACACCCCCAAUGUUGGUUUCGCCUACGAGGUAAGAAAUGUUGUUGAUUACUUGGCAAGCCAUGGUGUUCAAGCUUUACCCGGGAGAUCUUAUAGAACAAGGAAUCCUGCACGGGUUUCUACAAGUAAUCUCCUUGAUGGCAGCAUAUCAAUUCAUUUUGAUAAUUAUCAUGCAGCAGCAACAAUUGACGACCCUAAAUAUAACUUCAAGGAUAAUGAAGUUGAUAGUGAUGAAGACGAAGCCAAAUUACAAACACUUGUCGUUAUCAUUAAUGAACCAGAACAAAAAUUGCUAGUCAAAAAAUUAUGGUCAUCAGCAGUAUUGCCAUCACGAAAAAUGCCAGGAGCAGCUGGCUAUGAUCUAGCAAUUCAUAGGGCACAAGACAUCCCAAAAUGGAGUAGAGCACUUUUGAAUACUAGCAUUUGUAUUAAAAUUCCUCAAGGCACCUAUGCCAGAAUUGCUCCUCGUUCAAGUGCCUCCUUUCAAAAAGGGAUACUUAUUGGAGGAGGAGUCAUUGAUGCUGACUAUAUAGGGGAGAAAGGCAAAUGCAUUGCUCAACUUCUAUUUGAAUACAUUGCAACACCAGAAGUUAUGGAAGUUGAAAAUAUAGAUGAAACCUAA